AAUAUCUUCGUUUUUCAGGAGUUUAGCAUUGUUCCUUUUUUAGUACACCCACAAAUUAAUACGAUGAGGACAACUUGUUGAAUCCGUGAUCCUACCUUCGUCAAAUCGAUUGUGGUAGAGUUAUUUUUCAUUCGGUCCUUUAUGUAUUCAUAGGUACAUCUAAGUUUCUAACGUUGGCUGUUGUUGCGAGGAUCCAUCAAUACAUGUAAUUGGACCUGUGUGAUGGGAGAACUUGACCUCUUUGUGGAGUGGAACUGGAAUGCAGUUCACCUGUAGAUUCGGUUGUAACCAAUUUAAGCACGGGCGCACCGCUAGUCCAAUCAAAAAGUAGAGGAAGUUAAUCAGCAGAGCAAUUAAUGGAGAACUAUAAAAAAAUCUGAAUUCGGUGGGUGCACGAAAAGAGGGUUUAGUGAGAGGGAAAGUAAAAGAAGAGAGAGAAAGACAGAAUGAACGAUUCCAAACCUCAUUCAGCUCCGUCUCUAACUCUUCUAGUUCUACUACUUCUCAUCAGGUUUUUUUCUUUCCUAGAAACAACAACUGAAAUCCGUUUUAAUAACCGACGGUUUCUUUCCCACCCUCUAAAUCACAUUAAUCCGUUUCGACAAUAUCUUAAAUCAGAUAAACUCCCGGAUCAAAUCAAAUAUCAAAAUUUUCUGAAUUUGUGUUUGGAAAUUAAAAAUAUUGUCAGAUUUUUAAGGAUUUGCUAAGAUCUGAUGCGUUGAAUUUGCAGUAUUGAAUAAAAAUAUCUGUCUCGGCAAUAUCUGGUUGUUAUAUUGCUUGUGAAAGUUCUGAUUUCAGUGUUCAGGUAUCUUAGGGGAAGAUGUUUGGGGGAGAUAAUAACCACCACGUUUUUCCUGGUUUUAUUGAGGAAAAUCAGUUUCAAUAUGAUGCCAAUGCAUCAACGCAGCUGCAGUUAUUUGGAAAUUGUGAGUUCCCAUUCGUUUCCAACAGGCUGUAGUGUCGAUCCAGUGAACUAUGUCACAACUGAACACAUCUCCGCCCUAAAUCGGCCAACUAAGCGAAGCAGGGAAACAGUUGACAUCACGAGGCAGCAAAAGCUUCAGAUUUCCUUGAAUAAUAAUUUCUACCAAGAGGAUGCCGACAAAUCAGCAAGCAUUCCUAACCUUAAUCCUAAUCCAGUAUCAACUGGGCUUAGGCUGUCAUAUGACGAUGAUGAGCGCAAUAGUUCCGUGACUUCCGCAAGUGGGGAUAUUGUAUCAGGUCUUCCGAUCAUCAUGUCUUUAGGUGAUAAUCUCAGAACUGAAAUGGAUCGGCAGAAAGAGGAAUUUGACCAUUACAUCAGAGUUCAGGAAGAACAAAUAGCCAAAGGAGUGAGGGAAAUGAAGCAGAGACACAUGGCUUCUUUUCUUGGUACCAUUGAGAAAGGAGUGACCAAGAGACUACGCCAAAAGGAAAUUGAGAUUGAGAGCGUGAAUCGCAAGAACAAGGAACUUGUUGAGAGAAUAAAGCAGGUAGCAACGGAAGCUCAGUCGUGGCAUUACAGAGCAAAGUACAAUGAAUCGGUGAUCAAUAACCUAAAGACCAACCUCAAGCAAGCAAUUGCACAAGGCGCUGACCAAGGAAGAGAAGGCUGUGGGGACAGCGAGGUUGACGACGCAGCCUCUUCUUACAUAGACCAGAAAAACCAUCUUCAUCUGAGUAGUAUACCAAGCGGAUCUGGGAAGCCCGUGAAUGGGAACCAGCAGCACCGAAGGUUGAAAGAGCAGAUGACUUGUAGAUCCUGCAAAGGCAAAGAAGUCGCAGUGCUGUUUUUACCUUGUCGACACCUUUGCCUGUGCAAGGAUUGCGAAGUGUUUAUUGAUCUUUGUCCUAUUUGUCAGGUCAUGAAGACUGCUACUCUUCAGGUUUACAUGUGAAUGUAUGUUGAUCAACUAAAUAUAUAAAAACCCAAAACCUAUCUAUACUUUUUUCUUUUCA